AUGCCAAAAUCCAUUAAUAAAAUAAACCCUUUAAAUAUAAAGGCUUCGCUGAUCUUUGAUAGUGCCAAUGAUUUAGUGUUUGGAAAAUGGAAUAGUAAUUUUAUAAAUCGUAUGAAGGCCUUCGGAGUGCAAGAAAGUCAUGAAAUUGAAGAUGAUGUACCGGACAAUAUCAAAGUUGCUCAGUAUUUGGCGCCUAUUAUUACUUCACAAAGAGUAAUGGCCGCUCAGUUUGGCAAUACAUACUCUGUCAUGCAUUGUGAAGACAACACUUCCUUAUUAUUUGAUGAGUUACUUGAUCAUAUUUUUAUGAUAAUUGAUGAUGGUGAUACUGAUGAUGCACAUAGAGAAUUGCUGGAUUUCAAGACACUUGUUCAACACACUUGUGGUCUAAACAUGAGCCUCCUCCAUUCACCGAUAUAUCAACAGUGGAUCGCAACUUUACUGGAGAGUCGCACCAAAGGUGAUACAAUUCCAGGUGCUAGUGGCAUCAUUGGCGAGACAGGAGCAACUGCAGUGGCACUCAAUGCAUUAAAAACUGCUUCAAAAGAUAUUAAAUUAUCUUAUAAUCAUAGCCAUUUUAUGUUAUUUGUGGGAGAUAAAUUGCUGGCACUUUAUUCAAGUCGUGGCAGUGAAGAUUUAGCACCACCUGAUUUAAUUUUAUUGAGCAUUCAAUGUAUCGCUGCCCAAGAGUACUGGCAAGAACAUGGCAAUGAUACCUCCACUGGUGAUCAACAAGAAAUUGUAAGACUACCAUGGUUAUCGACAGAAAAUAGUGCCAUAGUGAACUUAUCCGCGGGCUCGGGAGCUCCAUGUGCGCCGCACUCUCUGCACAUUGCUGAAGUGGCGCCACGGAUCACGUUUGUGGUGGUUGUCGACAUGGAAAUGCGGGAGGUAGGAGCUGCAACGCAGACCUCGUAUCAAGUUUUAGUAAAUAUUAAAAGAGUGCUGUUGCAACGUGCUCUAGAAAUGUUACCCAGCAUGUUGGACUCUUUAGAAGCAUCCUUGAAAAAGACAACAGACGCUCUGCGCAAAAACAAAGCAAAUGGUAACUUGUGCUCCCGCUUGACCAGUCGGAUGUUGGAACUGCGCAAAUCCUGCACCACUACCACUCCACUGACACCAGAAACGACCGCCACUGCCAUGCAAACGGCACUCGAAACUGUUAUAGAGCAGUUAAAGCCUGACAUACCAAGUGUGAAGAUGGAUCAUCCCUUGAUAGGACUUAAAGAAGUUCUUGCACCUUACGUCGACUUUCUCUGCGUAAAGGCCAAGAGAUACUUCAGUUUGGCACCAUAUCCUUUUCAAUAUUAUAUCAUUAUAUUAUUACUUAGUUUAAUAUUGAACACUUUGACUCCACUUCUCUUCACUUUUAUGAGUCUAGUCAAAUUUAAUGCUAAUAGAUAA